GUGAUCAUCUGGUAAAAAAAGAGGGCAUUUGCACCGUCAGGCCCAAAAAACCCCAUUGAAAAACCCAAGUGCUGAUCCAUUACUUCAACGACUCGGCAGCUGAGACGUGAAACGGUUUGGAGAAAAAUGAAGGCGGAGAAGGGAGUUGAAUCGGUGCUGCAGCAUCAGCUAAGCCAACAAGAAUCAGAAGCCUUAUCGCGACUUCAAUCUCUUCCUUCAAUAAGCCCCGGCGAUAGCAGCACCUUCUACGAACACUUCAUCCUCCGAGGCAUCCGCGUUGACCGAGUACAACCCGGUCUCGUUUCUUGCUCCUUCAAAGUCCCCCCUCGCCUCACUGAUGAGUCAGGUAAGUUGUGUAACUGCGCAAUCGCGAAUCUUGUUGAUGAGGUGGGAGGAGCUGUGGUACAUGUUGAGGGUCUCCCCAUGAAUGUUUCAGUAGACAUGUCCAUUUCUUUUCUUUCAACUGCUCGAGUUGAUGAUGAGCUAGAGAUUACUUCGAAGCUGUUGGGAAGGAAAGGAGGUUAUUCCGGAACGAUCGUUCUCCUGAAAAAUAAAGCAACUGGAGAGUUGAUAGCAGAAGGUCGGCAUUCUCUAUUUGGUAGGCAUAACAGCAAAAUGUAAUUCUGAUAUGGUGUAUGUAUGUAUCAAGGUUUUCUUAUGUGAACCUUUUGGGGAUGUGUUGCUAUUUAUAUAAGUUGUGAUCUGUUGAAUAAUUAGUUUUACAUGUUGUACAUUAAAAAAGUAAAAAGAAGGAAUUUCCCUCGUAAUUCUACCCUAUUGCUGCA